AUGGCGAUCUUGGUUGGUCCUGGAUGUAGUAUUCGGCGGCAGCCUGAUCUUGUUGCCGAUGGUGCGGAUGAUGAAGGGCUGCUGUGGGAUGUGUUCUUCAUGGAAUUUCAUGUUAGAGAUGCGGUCUUAAACUACUGGCUGGAAGAUGAUAGUCCUAUAAGACUACGUGAUGUGAACACGAUCGGUCCUAUGAGAAGGAGGUUGUUUGUGGUUAGGCGUGAUCAGUUAUUAAGAAGCCAAAGUCUUGCAUUCGAACAUGUAUCUCUCCUGCUUUUUCUUAUGGGUAUCCCUUCAAUCUUGCAUGCAUCAUUCGUGCAAGAGAUACGCUCAGGUGCUGUUUUGUUGGCGAAUGAAACCACCAACAUUGGUCGUCGCAUAAUUCCUAUGGUGGUGGACAUUGAUCUCUGGUUUAUGGGCGAGGAAGAGGAAGAAGAGGAAGAAGAGGAAGAAGAUGAAGAUGAAUUAGAUGAGAUUAUGGCUGAGGUUAUGAGGUCUUCAUUGAAUGAUGUGAUCGACUUGUCUGUGCCUGCGACUAGAGCUUCCAUUGAGGCACUUGAGAAGAUCAAGUUUGAGGAUGUACAUUCCACAGACAAGUGUAUAAUAUGCCUAGAAGAGUUCGCAACGGAAUCGAAAGUUAGUCGGAUGCCAUGUUCGCAUGUUUAUCACGAAGAUUGCAUUAUAGAAUGGUUGGAGAGGAGUCAGAUGUGUCCCUUGUGCCGCUUCAAGAUGCCUGCCAUCUCAAGUUGA